AUGGAGGCCACGAUAUUCGUGCUCAGUUCUCUAGCCACCAAUCUCGCUGGAAUCUACUGGCAUGUCCCCUUCACCGUCGUUGAUCCUCAUCACACGUUCCUUGAGCGACUUGUUGGCUCCGUUCAGGUGUCCAGCACCAUCUACACCCUCAGGUAUUGGCAUUCUCUCGUGUUUUCUGACUUUCCCGAAGCUGCAAAUUGUGAAAGCCUAUGCGAAAGCUCAUGUGAAAGCCCUGCACAGAAUACUUCAAUUGAGCUUGGUGACAUGCUGAAGAAUGUUAUGGAUCAAUAUGUUCAGAGACCAAACUUGACGACCUCUUGUCCCAUAAAUAUUGGCAAUUCUUGCAGUGAUCAACCUCCUCCACUUACCACGUUACAUCACACGCUCUUCGGAAGAUCUUUUGACAUCCCUCUCGAUCAGAAUUCUGCCGAUCUGUACUGGACUGUCUUCUUCACGGCUCUUGUACUGAUUGCUAUCAUUCUCGUACUCUGGAAGGGAUUCACCCAAGGCAGCCGCCAACAUGAUACCGAUGCUACCUCGGUUGAGAAAUCCGACAAGUCGACAGACCUUCCAAGCGAGAAGGAGGUCCUGAAUUGGAUUCGUAUCUCUCGCUUUGCUGUCGCUCUGGGAAUCAAAGACGAUAUUUCUCACGACAUCGUCAAGAUCAGAGCAAAGAUUACGGAGAUUCCAGAGAACUUGCGUCAAUUCCAAAGAAUUCUCCAGUCCGAUUCCAUGGGCGCUGCAUGCAAGGAAGGAGGCGAUGUGGAACCCAACAGAAGGACACUCGCCCAAGUCUUUGAUGGUCACCUUCGGUUCUGCAGCGAAGCAGUGAAAAGUGCCAUGGAGGUGCUGAACCAACUCAGCAGACGCGUGGACCACAGAAUCAACCUACACGAACAACCGCUAGAUGGCUACGGCCAUGGCCAAGGAGAUCAGAAGCUUGAAGAUCCUACUGAGGAGUUUGGUCUGUACCAGCAAGAGUUUCUCACCAAGGACACCCUGGAGGCAACGACAUCGGCCAUGGAAAAGCGCAUUUUCGGAACAGUGGAUGAUCAUAUUUCAGCCCUUGGCGAAGAAGCGAAGAAGCGGAUUGGUAACAUUGAGUCCGCACUUGCAAAGGUACAACAAUCCCUUUCUGUUGGUGUCGUCGAUCAGGAACAGCUGAACGAGACUAUCGGCGGUCUCAAAGCAGACAUGGAGAAUCUCCGAACGUCAUUGCAAUCACUUUCCCGCAAGGGCAAUGACUCGGAGGUUGGUGUCGAUACCGUCAUUCACGAGCAACUGCAGAGCCUAGAGAAGCGUGUGCGAUCCCUCGAGCGUGCGGCUUCAGUGACUCCCCUUGACAAGAAGCAGAUUGAACAAGAACUUGACGAACUCGACCAAGCCGUAAUCAGUCUGAAGAAUUCGCAUGCGAAAAUCCAGUCGAAGCUCGACUCAACCGUCACCGAAACACAAGUGAAAGAAGCUUUGAAACAAAUAGCUGCGCACCUCGAGCAACAAACUGAAGGAAUGAAAAAACAACUCCACGGGCUCAUGGCAGCUUUGGAUGAAGUCAAGAACGCUGCGAUCAAGUCGAAGAACAAUGACCCUGAACUUGCCAAACAAUUGGAAGAUAUCGAAAGGGCGAUCGAUGAUUCAGCAAAGGAGGUACAAAGCUUCAGAAAAGACCUCGACACACACGCCCUGGAACACAAAAGUCUGCGUGAGGCCGUCAACCGUUCCUUGGAGUGGAAUAAGGAGCUUGAAGACGGAAUCAAGCAGAAGAUCAGCAGAGUAACCAGGAAUAUCUUGGAAACGAAUGCCCGGAUGCAUAUAUCAACCGAAACCAAGGAUAAGCUCGAAGAAUACAAGUGGCAUCAAAGGAACAUGAACAUGAGUAUUUGGGGACACCUAGAAAAAUGCAUGGCCGCUCUUGGCAUCAAAUUUGACUUGAGCGCCGCUGAUCUAGUGACUGCGCACGAUAGGAACCAGGAUCCUGUCGAAAAGCCUGAUUCGAACGAUGAGGAUCUUGCUGCAGAGCAUGGCGCACAUAAUACCGGGACCGACUUUGUCGAUGAAUGGCCUUCAGAGAAAAAAGGACGCGGCGCAGGAUUCGAGGCCCAAUCGCCAAAGGAGAAAGCCCAACCAACACAGGAUGAAGCAGGAACCCCAAAGGGCGAAGUUCAAAAAAACGAACCAGUACAGACAUCCGAUGAUCAACGCCGCGCGAGGGCCGAGUCUGAGCUGAUCAGUCCGAGGAGUUCAAAACCAGCCCCCAGAGCACUUAGUUGUCCAAAGCAAUCGCCCGUAGCAGGCCGGGGUGAUGAAGCUGCAAAGCACGACAAAGCAGACACAGCACAAUCGCGAGCAGAACAUAAUCAAGAGGCUGAGAAGGGCCACGAACCUGCUGCAUGGAAAACCCACAAAGACACUGUAGCGCAACCGACGGCAUCAGUAGGAACCCAGUCUCCUCAGACACCGGGGUCUGCGAAGGGCAAAUCAUCUGGGAAGCACGCCCCAGAACCCCUCCGUCUGAAGACCGAGACAUCUACCUCCGCGAGGCUCGAGAAGGGCCAGGCUUCGACUCAGUCGCUUCCAAAGCCCAACAGUGAGCCUACUUCUGCUGAACUGAGCAAGAGUAGGUGGGCUCCCUCAACUCCGAUCCUGGCUCAGUCCAAAACACCUACUCAUGGAGGGACUGAACGGGGCCAGUUGAUUGCGCCAACUCUAACCCAGCCACCUUCGAAGCCAAACACUGAGUCUGCCCCCGCCGGAAUGAGCAAGAGUAUGUUGGCUCCCUCAACUGCGACUCAAGCGCAACCGAAGACAUCAGACGGAACCCAGUCGUCUCAGACACUGGGGUCCGCGAAGAGCAAAUCAUCUAAGGAGCACACCCCAAGAACACCCGGUUUUAAUCCGGAGGCAUCUACCUUCUCCGCAAAGCGCGAGAAGGGCAAAGGAGCUGGCGCGGCUUCAGCUCAAUCGCCUUCAAAGUCAACCACUGCCGAAAUGAGCAAGAGCAGGUGGGCCUCAACUCCGACGCAGGCUCAGUCCAAAACACCUACUCAUGGAGGGAUCGUAGGAGAUCAGUCAGCUAGCCCAGCUUCAGCCCAAGCCCCUCCAAAGCUGGAUGCACCCGCUUCUGCAGAAAUGGGCAAAAGUAGGUGGGCUAGCCCGGCUUCAGGCCAAGCUCCAUCAAAGCCACCCACUUCUGCUGGACUGAGCAAAAGCAGGUGGGCCGAUGAUGAGUCUCCAACCGCGCAGAUAUCAAAGAGUGUUUCUUUGCCCUCCGAAAAGAACUCGAAAGGAGACCUUGGUGAAACCUUUUGA